CGGGUGCACGUCACCCCGCCCUCAGCUUUGAUUGUUGUCCGGUCAGCUGGAGAAACACGACCCGGUUCUUACCUCCCGACACCUGGACCACCUGCCGGGGCAGCGGAGGGACGCAGCGGGGCAGAGAGCAGGCGGGUCCGGGUUGAAGCGGGUCCGGACCUCCGGGAGAGACACACGGAGGGAGAGUGUGCUUCUGUUCACGCGCUGCUGUCGGCCAUGUUCAGAUAGAGGCCGGCUCCGCAGCGUCCACCAUGCUGAAGCGUCUGGACAAGAUCCGGUUUCGGGGCCAGAGACGGGACGAGUUCCUGGAUCUGGUCGAUUCGCCCAACACGUCCGACACAGAAUGCAGCGAAGACGCCGUGAUGAAACCUCGCAGCUCCAUCAGAGAGCCGGAGGAGCUGAGGGAGGCGGAGGGCGAGCUGCAGAGUGACGCUCAGGCUGGUCCAGGAUCAUUUUCUGCAGCUCUGCAGGACGAACCGAGGACAGAUCUGAACGAGGUCAAAGCUCACCUAGAGAUCGCCUUGUUAGAGAAACACUUCUUACAGGAGGAGCUGAGGAAACUGCGAGAGGAGUCCAACGAUUCGCUGAAACAGGAGCUGGAGAGGGAGCGCUGCAGAUGCACCGACCUCGAACAGAAGAUCAACGAAGUCCUGAAGACCAGAGUUGAAGAUUCACCGUCUCAGACACCUAAAGCUCCGCCCCCUCCUGCACCUGCAGUCAGCAGCACAGACAAACAGAAGGAAACUCUGUCCAACAGCUUCCUGAAAUGGCUUUACGAUCGCUUUGGCGUUUACAUCGAAGACUUCCGCUUCCAGCCGGAGGAGACGACGGUGGAGACGGAGGAGCCGCUCAGCGCCAAGAGGUUGACUGAAAACAUGAGACGGCUCAAACGAGGAUUCAAACCUGUGACCAACUUCAUGAGGAACCUCUCUGCCUUAUCCAGAUGGUACUCCGUCUACACGUCGGCCAUCGCCUUCUUUAUCUACAUGUACGCGGCGUGGCACGGAUGGACCAUCCCCAUGUUCCUGUUCUUCGCCAUCCUCCGCCUGUCUUUGAAUUACCUCAUCGCCAGAGGCUGGAGGAUCCAGUGGAGCAUCGUACCUGAAGUCUCGGAGCCCGAGGAGCCUCCUAAAGAAGACCUGACGGUGUCGGAGAAGUUCCAGCUGGUUCUGGACGUCGCUCAGAAAGCUCAGAAUCUUUUUGGGAGGAUGGCCAACAUCCUGGAGAAAAUAAAGAAUCUGUUCAUAUGGGUUCAGCCUGAGUUGACUCAGAAGCUGUACGUUGGUCUGUGGUUGGCCUUCAUCUCUUCCUGCCUGCUGCCGUACAAACUGCUGGGAUUCAUCAUAGGUGUGUAUGCAGGUAUUAAGUUCUUCAUCAUCGACUUCAUCUUUAAGAGUUGUCCCAAGCUGAGGCAGCGCUUCGACACUCCGUACAUCAUCUGGACCAGUUUACCCACCGACCUGCAGCUGAAGGAACGCAGCAGCAGCACGCUGAGCAGACGGGUUGCUGCUGCGGGGGGCCGAGGCAGCGUCAGUGCUGCAGCUCCUCUGGGAGUGAGCCGGGACGACGAGGGAGGACGAUACUACAGCACCAAGAGAGGAGCCUUCCACGAGGUGUUCAACCUGCCGGAGAGUGAGCGGCCCCUGCCAGUGUGUGAGAACGGUUGGCGCUGCUGCCUCAUCAACAGAGACAGGAAGACGCCAACAGACUACAUCCGCAACGGAGUCCUCUACGUCACCGAGAAUUACUUGUGUUUCGAGAGCUCCAGCUCCAGGUCUGGAUCCUCCAAGAGGAACAAAGUCAUCAAACUGCUCGACAUCACCGACAUCCAGAAGUACAAAGUGUUGUCGGUGCUGCCUGGUUCUGGGAUGGGUAUCUCCAUAGCAACACCAUCCACCCUGAAGCCGAUGGUGUUUGGAGCGAUGAUGCACAGAGACGAGGCCUUCGACGCCAUCUUCACUCAAUACAUGAAGAUUGUUGCCAUGGCUACAGCCACCAACCCAGAAACAUAAUAACACUGAACUCUUUAUCACCAGUGACAAACAGCUGCUGACUGAUCGGGGUGAUCUCAUCAGUCAUCAAACGAAACAAUUCAAGGAUAUUAAAUCAGUGAUUGAAUCAGCUGAUCCACAACCAAUCACAAGUUUUACAGAAAGCUCCAACAAACUUUGUGUCAUGUCUGAAACCAGGUUCUCACUAAGCCAACUAAAUUGGUAAACACGUCUUUUUCUCUCUGUUUCGGCCUCCGUCCAGACUAAAACGUUUUUCUCCCCGAAAACAGAGUUUUGUAAAACUGUCGUCAUAUCACUGACAACACAGAUGGUGGCAGUAGCGCAGCGUUUCAUUGGAGAAGGAAGAAGAAGAAGAAAUACAACAAAACACGGCGUGUUUCUCUUCGAAAACAGCGCUUUGGAAUAUAGCUAAUGUCUAAUUUUUAGUCUACAUUAAAGGACGGUUCACCAUCUCUCAAGUGUGUGUUAAACCAGCAGUCAGGUUUCCAUAGUAACAGUAAUGUAAUCAUUCCUCCUGUUCAUACUG